AUGCACAGUUGUCUGACAAAUGAGGAGCCCCUCCGCCACCACUACCCCCAAUCUCCUUACAUAACAGCCAGAGUUUUAGAGAUGUCUGCAGUGGACUUUCCCAGAGAGCAGUUCUGCCUGCACACAAGCGGACACAGCCUUUUCACUGUGUCUGCCUACAUGCGUGUGUCUGAAUGUGUCGGUCUGUCUGCUAAUUGACCUGCUAGUCCUGCUUCAGGGCAUGGCCGUGGACGUCAAUGUGGAGAAACUGCUGAAGGCCGAUGGUCACAGAGCUUUAAAGUGGAAAAUAAGUAUUUGGUCACGGACAAACAAGCAAGAUUUCUGGCUCUCACAGACCUGUAACUUCUUCUUUAAGAGGCUCCUCUGUCCUCCACUCGUUACCUGUAUUAAUGGCACCUGUUUGAACUUGUUAUCAGUAUAAAAGACACCUGUCCACAACCUCAAACAGUCACACUCCAAACUCCACUAUGGCCAAGACCAAAGAGCUGUCAAAGGACACCAGAAACAAAAUUGUAGACCUGCACCAGGCUGGGAAGACUGAAUCUGCAAUAGGUAAGCAGCUUGGUUUGAAGAAAUCAACUGUGGGAGCAAUUAUUAGGAAAUGGAAGACAUACAAGACCACUGAUAAUCUCCCUCGAUCUGGGGCUCCACGCAAGAUCUCACCCCGUGGGGUCAAAAUGAUCACAAGAACGGUGAGCAAAAAUCCCAGAACCACACAGGGGGACCUAGUGAAUGACCUGCAGAGAGCUGGGACCAAAGUAACAAAGCCUACCAUCAGUAGCCGAUGGUCACAGAGCUUUAAAGUAUAGUUCUUCACCAGGUGUGUUGGGAGCCAAGUGUGACAGCUGAGACCUAGGCACCUUUGACCUAUUGCUUGACCCCUGUGGACGUUGACUUUUUUGUGAUCUAGUUUCAAACCGACUCUAAUCCACACCACAAUGAUCUGCUAGGACAACAUCUGUUGGCAAUAUGGCAGACAAAAUGAUACCUCAUGGGUUUUGACAGGGAGUCAGUGCCAACAGUACGGUCUAGGAGUCCACAUUUGUGUAUGUUGAAAGUAACUUGUUUGUGUACGGUAUCAUGCAGUUGUCAUGGAUUGAAGGAGUGUUCAGGGUCUCUCUGUAGAGUUAAGUUGAAGCAGGAAGUCAAUGGAUGCAUGUUUGUAUCAGAGCAUAGGACUUUGGAGCCUUGAGUAGAGAAAUGAGACAGAGCCCUCCAUUCCAUAAGGCCUUUAGUUCUACAGACCUGCAUGGACCGCUCUGUUAAGGCCAAGCUCUCACACACUGUACUGUUGUAACAAAUGCUUUUUUUUAUUGACUCAAAGUAGUACAUCAGAAUUCCAGAUUAGUGAUGUAGUGUAACACUGGCACUGAUUGCUUUCUUAAACAGCCGUGCUGUGUGCAAGUUGAGUCUCCUAAGGAUGUCCAUAAUAUCACCCUUAGGGUUAAUAUUUGAAAUAGUUGUGCUACCCUGUGAUUGUGUGUUCAGUGUACCUGCUCACAUGUCCAGACAGAAGGUAGCUGACCUAGUCUCCGGGGUGUACAGUACACUGACAGAUGGAGCUGCAGGGAGGGAGAGAGCGGGAAAGGGGAAACUACUGAGAUGAAAGAGGGAUAUUAUGGUCAUGGUAUUUUCAAUAUAACAGGGGAAAUCCUGAUCAUGCUUCUACUUCUGUUGUAAUAACACUAACUAGGAAAGUACUGAGGUUUACUCAUAUUUCUAUUCCAGGACAACAGAAAUGCCCCUGAAGAUAAACCUGUCCAGCGCUCCAAAGUAAAUAUACCUCCAUUAUCACUCCAUCCUCCUCCUUUGUCCCUGUUUCAACCCAGCAGGCCAUUAUCUUUUAAUCACUAUCCUUCUCCAUUACUUGUCUGUCGAGCCCAGUGUCUCCCACCCCUACUGACCUUUACUCAGAUGUCAUUUAAACAUCAUACAUAAUGGAACUUCAGUUUAUAUAAGAGUAUAUGUUGUCACAUACUCUCUCAACAGCAACUCAUUUCGAUAGAUUGGUUAUAGAUAACUGAGCAAGUUGAGAUGAUGCAUCAUUUAUCCAUUGAAACACCACAUUUGAAGCCAUAGUAACGGUGUGGUUUUUGUUCAUGUGCGUAGUCCUUCAGCUUCAAGACGCCGAGGGAGGUGUGCUCGUCAUGUGAGAAGACAGUCUACCCCAUGGAGAGAUUGGUGGCUAACAACCUGAUAUUCCACUCUGCCUGUUUCUGCUGCAAACACUGCAACACCAAACUCAGGUGAGACUCACUCACUCACUCCAAACCAAACUGUGUUACUCUUUCUUUAUAUUCUACCCCUCCCUUCCCUCUCCCUGCAGCCUGGGCACAUUUGCUGCCCUCUCGGGUGAUUUCUACUGCAAGCCACACUACCAGCAACUCUUCAAGAGCAAAGGAAACUAUGACGAGGGCUUUGGCCGCAAGCAGCACAAGGAGCUUUGGACCGCCAAGGAGGGAGAGAACAUAACAAAGACUGCGUAGCCACGCCUGCCUGUCUGUGUCCCAUCCAUUCUCCCACGGGAAAGGCUAUACGGACACUCCUGACCUGCAAACCGACAUUUAAUUUCAGAAUUGGUUGAGGUCAGGGUUAGUUUUGGGUAGUUGUUUUGCAGGUCAUCAGUAUCCUUAAUAGUAUCUCCCUUCUCACCCCCAAACCCUCUUCUCCAUCUCCAACACGUCGUAAAGAGCAUGUGUCAUAUGAGGGGUGCACUCAGCGCUCUUGUGUGCUCUCUCUCCACACCAUGGAAGACCCACUAUGACUGGCCAGUCACGCCCCCUGUUGCUUAACAUUUUAUUUAGUGGGGUGUUUAUUCCUUUAAUUUGGUUUUAGUAAAAAUACAGAUUUUUAUGUUUUAUUUCUCUUUGAAAUUGUUUGUUGAUUGUGACCAAACUGCUUCUUCACAAACCAGUGGUACGUUUUUGCUGGCUUUUUGAGGACAACAUUAUUGUUUUCUUGUUUAUUUUUCUGAAAAAUGUGCACCCUUUUGAUGCAACAGGUGUAAGGACCAUAUGCUAAGAUAAACAUAUGGUUAGAGAAGCUAGAGUUCACUGUAAGCUGUAGAGCAUACUCUCAGGUCAAACAUACUGAGCUAGAUUGAUUUAGCAAGUUUGUAUUAUUUUAUGACCUCUUUUAGUUCCAUAUAGUCAAUUAAAUCUAAUACCAAUUUUACAGACCAGUCCUCUGCAGUGCAGUAGCACAGGCAGAGGCCAUUUUGUGAGUUUGUCAGGGUCCACUUAUCUGAGAAACAAACAGGGUACACGGUACUGUAGAACUGUCACACAUUCUCUCUCUUGGUAAAUUCUGUUUUAUUAUUCCAUUUUUCUUUUAUAUAUAUUUUUUGCUCCUAUGAUCUGAAUGGCUGCUAGGUUUCAGUUCUGCAUGUUUGUCCUGUAUGAAUGAGUGUCUUAGCCUUAUUACCUUUGGUAUGUACUGCCCUCCUGUGUUCUGGAUGACUUUUUAAAACUAAUCUGCUUAAUUUACUCUUAAUCUCACUUACCAGUUUUAAAAAGCGCUCUUUGCUCUGUUAUUUGCUGGGUUUGACUGAUGUCAUGCGAUACGUUGCUGUAGCUCAUUGAGGCUUUUUUGUCUUUAUUCUGAAUAUGAGAAGUAUCUCAUAGGUGUCUGUACAUAGCAGUAGCUUGUGCUUAGUGAACAUAUCACACUAUACUAUAUUGUCUUGCACAUAUGACCAUGCAUGUUCACCAGACAAGACAAUGUUAGAUUGACAGGGAACAUAGCCUGACAGGAAACCACACAACUGUCAUGGCAUUAUCCCCUGCAGCUUCCUGUCCAUGCAGAGCUGUCUGUUCAUGUGCUAAAUUGGGCCACAUUGGUGUGAAAAACUAAGGAUGACUUUUGGUGCUUUCAAGACAACCGUGAACUCUGGGGGGGGGGAAACAAAUGUCAAAUCCUGAUGUCUGUGAUCUUCCACUCUGAAAGUUGGCGCUCUAGAAAGAGGCCAGAGUUCC